AUGAAUUUCAGGUCAAAAGUUCAGACUGCUGUGCUGAUAAAUUUAGAAAACACUAAGAAUCCAAAUAAAAGCAACAGAGAGCAGCACAUACAGGACAGCAUUAGAAUAUACCAGAGAAUGAAGGCAAAUCUACAAUCACUGCCACUGAACGCAGCACGUAAAAGGGAUCCAUAAAAUCCCCUUACUCACCCCCGCAGGCCUCUUUUGUGUGUUCUUGCCAACGCAGCAGCGCCCGGGCUGUACAGACGCUGCCGCUCGCCGGCUGCACCACCCUGAGCUUGCACCAUCCGUGUCACCGCCAUGGGAAAGAUCACUUUCUACGAGGACCGGGCUUUCCAGGGCGACUGCCCCAACCUGCAGCCCUACUUCAGCAGCUGCAACUCGGUGCGCGUGGACAGCGGCUGCUGGAUGUUGUAUGACCGCCCCAACUACCAAGGCUACCAGUACUUCCUGCGGCGCGGGGACUACCCCGACCACCACGGCUGCAUGGGCCUCAGCGACGCGGUCCGCUCCUGCCGCCUCAUCCCCCAAGUUUGAGUUAAUACAAGAACUUAGGAAUCAAGAUAUUUGAGCUCUUGAUGGAUGCUAACUCUGAGUUUGAACCUCUUAAAAAUUCUAUCUCCCAGAUAAGAAAUGUACAGCAACCAUGUCAAUACCGUAUGUGGUAAACUUAGCAGCAGACUGACCCAUGCAGGGCACUCAGCAACCUCACAGCCUCACAUUUUACAUGAAAAAUCUCAGGCUCCAGCCUAGCAAGGUCACUGCUAUUUGGUUAGAUGAAUUCUGGAGAAGGUUCGUUUGCUUUCUCCAAUGCUUCUUUUUGGAGCCAAGCAGACAGGCUCCCACAGGAUGUGGCUGUAUGAGACAGAAGACCACAAGGGCCUCAUGAUGGAGCUGAGUGAGGACUGCUCCUGCACCCAAGACCGCU